AUGGUCAGCUCCUGUUGUGGCUCCACCUGUGGUGGCCUAAGCUGUGGCUCUGGCUGCUGCCGACCCAGCUGCUGUGUGUCCAGCUGUUGUCAGCCCUGCUGCCGCCCCAGCUGCUGCAUUUCCAGCUGCUGCCAGCCCUGCUGCCGCCCCAGCUGCUGUGUGUCCAGCUGCUGCCAGCCCUGCUGCCGCCCCAGCUGCUGUGUGUCCAGCUGCUGCCAGCCCUGCUGCCGCCCCACCUGCUGUCAGACCACCUGCUGCAGAACCACUUGCUGCCGCCCCAGCUGCUGUAUUUCUAGUUGCUGCCAGCCCUGCUGCCGCCCAAGCUGCUGUGUGUCCAGCUGCUGCCAGCCCUGCUGCCGCCCCAGCUGCUGUGGGUCCAGCUGCUGCCAGCCCUGCUGCCGCCCCAGCUGCUGUGUGUCCAGCUGCUGCCAGCCCUGCUGCCGCCCCACCUGCUGUCAGACCACCUGCUGCAGAACCACUUGCUGCCGCCCCAGCUGCUGUAUUUCUAGUUGCUGCCAGCCCUGCUGCCGCCCCAGCUGCUGUGUGUCCAGCUGCUGCCAGCCCUGCUGCCGCCCCAGCUGCUGCCAGCCUUGCUGCCGCCCCACCUGCUGCCAGACCACCUGCUGCAGAACCACCUGUUGCCGCCCAACCUGCUACUCUGAACCCACCAACACCAUGGUCAGCUCCUGUUGUGGCUCCACCUGUGGUGGCCUAAGUUGUGGCUCUGGUUGUUGUGCCCCCAGCUGCUGCCAACCCUGCUGCCGCCCCACCUGCUGCCAGACUACCUGCUGCAGAACCACCUGCUGCCGCCCAAGCUGUUGUGUGUCCAGCUGCUGCCAGCCCUGCUGCCGCCCCAGCUGCUGCAUUUCUAGCUGCUGCCAGCCAUGCUGUCGCCCCAGCUGCUGCAUUUCUAGCUGCUGCCAGCCCUGCUGUCGUCCCAGCUGCUGUGGGUCCAGCUGUUGCCAGCCUUGCUGCCGCCCCAGCUGCUGUAUUUCUAGUUGCUGCCAGCCAUGCUGUCGCCCCAGCUGCUGUAUUUCUAGUUGCUGCCAGCCAUGCUGUCGCCCCAGCUGCUGUAUUUCUAGUUGCUGCCAGCCAUGCUGUCGCCCCAGCUGCUGUGGGUCCAGCUGUUGCCAGCCUUGCUGCCGCCCCACCUGCUGCCAGCCUUGCUGCCGCCCCAGCUGCUGUAUUUCUAGUUGCUGCCAGCCAUGCUGUCGCCCCAGCUGCUGUGGGUCCAGCUGUUCCCAGCCUUGCUGCCGCCCCACCUGCUGCCAGACCACCUGCUGCAGAACCACCUGUUGCCGCCCAACCUGCUGUGGCUCCUCCUGCUGA